GUGAGAAAAGUGUGUGAAGAGAGAAAUACACUUAGAGUAGAAGUGUAUUGGUGAGGAUUGGUUUUUUGUAAUAGUUGAGUGUGAGAGUUUGCUCCUCCUAUUGUAAUUCUGUUCUUGAUAUUGAAUAGAAGAAUUUCCCAAUCCCAACAAGUGGUAUCAGAGCGAGGUUGAGUUUCCAUACACUGUUUUCACAUUUUUCAGAAAAAUUUCUACAGGUUAGAAAAUCGUGAUUUUUUAAGUUGAUCGGAAUCACAAUCUGAUCAUACCGUUAGAUUCGUCUCAUCGAGACGAGAAAUCUGGUAUUUUUGGGGAAUUUUUUUGCCACCAGAAGAGGCCGUACGCGCUGCCCAAACGCCGCCUGGAAACUGCUUGCGCCAUCACUGCGUCAUCACGCAGUCCAGAGGAAGAAGACGAGACACAUCAUCGCCAUGUUAUCAACACGGCAGCGCCACGUCAGCCCACGUAAGUGCCACAUCAUCCGCCACGUCAGCCGCACAAGCCAUCCGUUGGGCGCCACGUCAGACGCCACGUCAGUGCCACGUCAGCGCCAGUUGUGUCCACGUCACCAGCCUGGGUGUCAGCACACUGCGCUGCUGCCUGAACCGGACCGAACCGAUUCAUAGUUGUGGAGGUCGGUUCACCCAUUUCUAGACCGGUUUUGGACGAGGUCAGACCGGUUCCUACCAUUUUCGGCCAUUCCGGAUCCAACGGUGAGCUCCGUUUGUCCAAAUUAUAGAUAAACCAUCAUCACACACCAUGAUUGCGCUCACUUCCACAAAUUACAAUAUGUCGAAGCCUCGGAUUUGCUAAAUUUGAGGGAUUUAGCCGAUCCUCUUGAUAAUAAUGGUGUGAAACCGGAUAAAAAAACGGAUGAAGAAUGGACAAAAAUGAAUCGAAAAAACGGUCGCACAAAUUCGGCAGUGGAUCGAUCAUAGUGUGUUCCACCAUGUUGCGCAAGAACAAAGUGCUUACACACUAUGGGAGAAGCUUGGUAGCAUGUAUCAAGCAAAAACCGCUCGAAAUAAACGUUACUAAUGAGGCGAUUAGUAAACCACAAAUUGCGAGGUGGUAUUUCGGUGUCAGAACACACCAGUCAAUUCCAGGAUUUUGUGAAUCAGUUGAGCACCACCGGAUGGGUUCUCAAAGAUGAAGAACAGGCGAUACUACUCUUGAGCUCUCUACCUGACAGCUGGGAGACUCUUGUUGUCACGCUCAGCAAUUCUGCUCCCAACGGCAAUGUGACUAUGCAGAUGGUCACAGAUGCCCUUAUGAACGAAGAAGCCCGAAGAAAAGAAGCCGGGACUGAACAAUCAUAUGCCUUCGUGUCAGAAACCAACAGACGAGGGGGGGGGGGGGGGGGCAGAAAUGGGGGAAGAAGUCGAGGUCGAGAUAGAGGCCAAGGUCAAAAUAGAGGAAAUUCUCAAGUUUGCGGCCGAUCAUAAGAACGAGGUAUGUCCUAUGAAAACAAUAAUUGGUUUGAAGGAUAUUGCAAUUAUUGUGGUAAUUGUGGACACAGAAAAAGAGAUUGUAGAAAGUUUCUACGAGAGCAGCCACAGACGAGUCAAAAUACUAGCCAAGAAGAUGGUGAGACCAUGGUUAGUUUGUCAUCAGACGUGUGUCUUGUUACACAUGGUGAACAAGAAUGUUUACACGUAGGUACUCAUGAUGUUGAGUGGGUGAUUGAUACAGUCGCAUCAUUUCACGCCACUCCUUACUAGAACUUAUUCACAUCUUAUAAGUCCGGAGACUUUGGAGCUGUGAAGACGGGAAACACCAGUUUCUCGAAGAUUGUUGGCAUUGGUGAUGUGCACAUAACAACAAAUGUCGGAUGCGCACUUGUGUUAAAAGGUGUUCGACAUGUUUCAAAUCUUAGAUUGAAUCUUAUCUCCGGUACAGCUCUGGAUCAGCAAGGAUAUCUUAACCGAUUCAAAGAAGGUACGUGGAAGUUUUCUAAAGGUUCCUUGGUUGUUGCAAGAGGCCAUGUUUGUGACACCGCACCCGG